AUGAUAAACUCUAUCCCUGACUACGAUACCAAGAACGCGAUACGGCAAGGUAUCUACAUAAGUAUUGAAAUAGGGAACGUGGUACAUCAUAUCCAGAUAGAAAGAGGGACAAGUGUUUUAUAUCUCAGUGCAUAUUCAGAUCCAAGAAUAUUCGAAAAGCUACAGAAGAACUACCGCAAAUCAAACGCUGCCAUUGAGAACCUGAAAGUGUGGCCAGUGUAUUCAAAAGAGGAUCCAGAAUAUUUCAAAUCUAAAAAUGCGUAUUUCUCAAGAAUUCAAGAAUAUCGUCAAUUGGUCGUCGCAAACAACGUCACUCGCAAGGAAGUAAUUAAGUUCUAUUCUGAUAUCAUCGCCUCUAUUAUACGCUGCUUAGCCAAAUGUGCGAGUUUGUCAAUGUCGGGUGAGCUCUGGAGGACAAUGGUUGCGUAUCACAUGCUUCUCCUAGCAACGGAUGCGGUCGGGGUCGAGAGGGCACUCGGAAGCUCUUUUUACGCGGAAGGAAAUACCUCUCAAACUGAUCUGGCCUGGUAUAUCAAAAUGAACAUGGCAGCAAACACCUACCUGAACAUCUGCUCUCAGUAUUCUAAGCCGAUGGCGAAAUUGCUCUCGGACAGACUCAGUGAGUCUAAACUGGGUGGACUUUUGGAUGGUAGGCGAUGGCAGAUUAUUAGCAACAUUUCGACUGUUCUACAUACACCAUCAGCAGUACUUGCUUUGAAGUGGUUUGACAACAGGACUGUGUUCGUUGAUAUACUGCAGGGAAUCCAGGAUACCAGCGGAAAGGGCAUUUUAGCUGAUCUUGAAACAGACCUGGAUGAAAUCAGCACCAAACACAACUUCAGCAUAGUGCUGGUCGUAGGCGCCAUCAUUCUGUAUCCAACGAUUCUGAUGGUUGUAUUCAAAUUGACCAAACAGAUCCAGGCUGUAGCCGUGUCCAUGAAGGUCAGUUUAAAGGAUAUCUGUCUCACUGUAGGCAAACAUUAG